CCCACGGCGGCCUCAUGUUCACCUACGCUUCCAUGACCAAAGAAGACUCCAAACUUAUAGCUCUCAUAUGGCCCAGCGAGUGGGAGAGGAUUCAAAAACUCUUCGUCGUCGAUCAAGUCAUCAAAAUCACCCGGACACGAGCCGCCGGGGCGGACCCGGAGAGCGCUGUGUACACCUCUGAGCCCCAACUCUGUCCAGAGUGCAGAGAAGGGCUGUUAUGCCAACAGCAGCGGGAUUUGCGGGAGUACACCCAAGCGACCAUCUACAUCCAUAAAGUGGUGGAUAAUAAAAAGGUCAUGAAGGACGCUGCUCCGGAGCUGAACGUGAGCAGCUCAGAAGCUGAAGAGGAAAGGGAGGAAAACAAACCCGAGGGGGAACAAGACCCAGAUUUUAACCAGACCAAUGGCGGUGCGAAGCGCCAGAAGAUCUCGCACCAGAACUACAUCACUUACCAAAAACAGGGCAUCAGGCGGAGCACCCGGCACCGCAAAGUGCGAGGGGAGAAAGCCUUCCUCGUCUCGGCAAAUCAGACGCUGAAAGACCUGAAAAUACAGAUCAUGAACGCCUUUUCGGUCGCAACCUUCGACCAGAAUUUAUCCAUCGACGGGAAGAUCCUGAGCGACGACACGGCGACACUGGGCAGCCUGGGAGUCAUCCCGGAAUCCGUCAUUUUAUUAAAGGCUGAUGAACCCAUCGCGGAUUACGCCGCCAUGGACGACAUUAUGCAAGUUUGUAUGCCUGAAGAAGGAUUUAAAGGGACUGGUUUACUUGGACACUGA